AUGCCUAGCUAUGUUUCGAGAAAUAAUAUUUUGGAGGCAAUCAAUAGCAAAUUCACCACAUUUUCUCUAGAUGUAGCAGCGUAUGUUGAAGCACGUACUCUUCUGAAUGUGCCUGAAAAACAAUGGAAACUAUUUUCUGUACUUGUAUAUACUCAUAUAGUCACUGCUGUAGGAUUGUGCUAUGCCUGUAGGGUAAAUAUGCUUAGUAGAAAAUUACGGAUGAACAACGGCUAA